AUGCUGCUCACCCGACUUCUCGGCGUUGCCGCCCUCGCUCGGUGUGCUGCCAGUUCCAGCGAUGCUCAGCUGCCCUUGGGUGACGCGGUCACAGCGCCGAGCUCGAAAUACCCAGUAGAAGAAGCCGACAGCGAUGCGCCUGCUUGGCGCAACUCGUUCCUCGACCUGCACCGUUCCAUUGUCGAGAUUUCCUCCAUUUCCGGCACCGAAGCCGAUGUCGGUCAAUUCCUAUUUGACUAUCUCCUCCAAAAGGGCUACUCGGUCGAGAAGCAGAAGGUCCAGUCGAGGAAAAACACGGACAAGUCCAAGGGUCGUUUCAACGUGCUGGCAUGGAGAGGCGACUCACGGACGCUGCAAUCCAAAGUCCUCGUGACAUCGCACAUUGAUGUCGUGCCGCCGCAUAUCCCCUACGGCAUCGAGGACGGCAAAGUGACCAAGGGCACGAAGAUCUGGGGUCGCGGCAGCGUCGACGCCAAGGCCAGCGUCGUUGCCCAGAUCCAGGCCCUUGAGAAUCUGCUCAAGGAGGGCAAGGUCGAGGAAGACGAUGUCUCAUUGCUUUUCGUCGUCGGCGAGGAAGACCAGGGCGAUGGUAUGCACACGUUCUCCGAAUCUCUCCUGGAAGCGGACCCCCCUCAAAGCUUCGAUGCCGUCAUCUUCGGAGAGCCCACGGAGAACAAGUUGGCGUGCGGCCACAAAGGCGGCGUCUUCGGCAACAUCACGGCAAAGGGCGUUGCUGGCCAUUCGGGGUACCCCUGGCUCGGAAAAUCUGCCAACAAUCUCAUGAUCCGGGCUUUGGCCAAGGUUCUGGAGACUGACCUCGGUAGCGACGAGACGUUUGGUAACACAACGGUCAAUAUUGGCCGAUUCGACGGCGGCGUCGCGGCCAACGUCAUCCCCGACCAAGCAUUCGUCGGUAUUGCUGUCCGCGUAGCCAUUGGUCCCCAGGAGACCGGCGGAGACAUUGUCCAGGCUCGUAUCCAGGCCAUCCUGGAUGAGGUCGAUGAGGAUGCUUUUACUAUGACCAUCUCGCACAACUACGGCGUUGUGGAAGCCAACUGUGAAGUGGACGGUUUCGACACGGCCGUCAUGAACUACGGGACGGACAUUCCUAACCUCAAGGGCAACCACACGCGGUACUUGUACGGGCCGGGAAGUAUCCUGGUCGCUCACGGCGACAAUGAGAGCCUGACAGUUGGUGACCUGGAGACGGCUGUGGACGGAUUUGAAAAGCUCAUCCUCCACACUUUGAAAGAGUCGUCUUGA